GCAAAUGAUGCGGGGAUGACUCUUGCUGACUCUGCCAAUCCUGCCGCCUCCUUUUUCCUCUCUCUUCCCCAACCCCCCCCCCAUCAUCACCACCUCCUUUCCCACCAGCUGAGCUGUAUAUAUAAGUCUGGAGAAAACAGCCUGGCUGAAAGACACUUUCUGGGACCCAGCAGCAAAGAAGAAGGAGCCGAUCGGUCAGUCAUGAAGGCUUUCACCUUGCUUUUCGCGGCAGCGCUAUUGGGAGGCUCAUGGGCGAACCCAGUCUUCCAACAGGAGCCAAGAACCAAAUGGGAAGAGACAGUCGAGACUUUCUGGGACUACGUGACUCGGAUCGGGAAUGCUGCCGAUGACGUCACCACUCAGAUUAAGAGUUCACAGAUCAGCAAGGAACUGGAUGUCCUUAUCACAGACACCAUGGCUGAGGUGGAAGUCUACACUGAAGACUUGCGUUCCAAGCUGGGCCCUUAUGCCCAGGAAGUGCAGCAACGUCUGACGACCGAAGUGUCAACUCUGUCGGAGAAACUACGGGCCGACAUGGAAGAAGCCAAGGGCAAAGUUGUCCAAUACACGAACGACGCCCGCCUCAUGAUCGACCACAAUGUGGACGCGGUGCGGUCUCAGCUGAACCUCUUCAUGCGCAAGCUGAGGAAACGUCUCACCAAGGACACGGAGGACUUGCGCCGCAAGAUGGCCACCUACGCGGAGGAAGUGCGGGCCAGCACGGGUGAAAAAGUCGACGCCGUCCGCCAGAGCCUGGAGCCCUACCUCUCCAAAAUCCGCGAGAAGGGAGAGCAGAGGUUCCAGGCCCUCCACCAGGCCGUGGGAGAGCAAGGGAAGAUGGUUCACGAGCAGCUCAGCAGCCGGGUGCAGGAACUCCAGGAACAACUCCGUGAAAAAGCCGAGGAAGUCAAAGGCUCCUUCGACCAAUUUGCCGAAAAGAUGAAUCAGUGGUUCGCUCCGUAUCUGCAGGACAUCUCCUCCCAGUUCCAGGCCCUGGCGGAGAAGUUCAACAAUCCGCAGGCAUAAAACCUGGCCGACACUCCCAGCCAAAACAAAUAAUAAUAAUCCUUGGUUUCUUCACGACCUGAGCCUCCUUGGUUGAGCAGGCAUUGACCAUCGUAGUCACGUACUAACCUCACAUGGUCCUGCGCCACCCUCACCUCCCUCCACUUCUCCUUGGCUAGAGUGCCGCCAUUUUGACUUCCUAACCUCUGCACAUUUCGCCACCACCUUUUAGGUCUGGCAUUCUAAUGGUUGCCCUCUGAAGCUCUGAUAUUUUUAUAUACAGUAUAUAACUGUUACCCUGCCCUGCCCACACACCGAUUUUUAACAUGCCCAAGACACUUGUGGCAUUGCUUUUGCCGUGUUUUCUCGGCUUUAUCUGUAACAAUAAAAUAUACUUUGGAUAUUUUGUGAA